AUGUUCCCCCUCGUCGGCCGCUCUUUCCCACGUCAUACCGCUUUCCUCGUCGCCCGCAAUUUCCCUCAUCUCCCUCGCGACCCUCGCCGCCCUCGCCUCUGCUUGUCGCCCGCGCUUCCCGUCGUCGCCCUUGCUUCCCCGUCACCCGUGCUUCCCGUCGUCGCCCUUGCUUCCCCGUCACCCGUGCUUCCCGUCGUCGCCCUUGCUCUCCCGUCACCCGCGCUUCCCGUCGUCGCCCUUGCUUCCCCGUCACCCGCGCUUCUUCUCAUCUCUCGCUCUCCUCCUCAACGUCUUCGUUUCCCUCGUCGCCAUAACGCCCUCGCUUCUGCCCGUCGCCCUCGCCUCCCCACAUACCCGCCUCCAUCUCCCCCACAUACCACCCGCCUUCCUCCCCACAUUCUAUUCCGCUUCCCUGCUUCCCCCUUUGCCCUGAUUCCUUCCACCCUCUGCCCUGCUCCCCCCCAUCACCUUCCCUGCUUCCCCCCACCCUCUGCCCUGCUCCCCCCAUCCCGUUCCCUGCUUCCCCCCACCCUCUGCCCUGCUCCCCCCCAUCCCCUUCCCUGCUCCCCCCCACCCUCUGCCCUGCUUCCCCUCAUCCCAUUCCCUGCUUCUCCCCACCCCCUGCCCUGCUUCUCCCCAUCCCCUUCCCUGCUUCCCCCCAUCCCCUUCCCUGCUUCCCCCCAUCCUCUUCCCUGCUUCCCCCCAUCCCCUUCCCUGCUUCCCCCCAUCCCCUUCCCUGCUUCCCCCCAUCCCCUUCCCUGCUUCUCCCCAUCCGCUUCCCUGCUUCCCCCCAUCCCCUUCCCUGCUUCCCCCUACCCUCUGCCCUGCUCCCCCCCAUCCCCUUCCCUGCUUCCCCCCAUCCCCUUCCCUGCUUCUCCCCAUCCCCUUCCCUGCUUCCCCCCAUCCCCUUCCCUGCUUCCCCCCAUCCCCUUCCCUGCUUCCCCCCAUCCCCUUCCCUGUCUCCGUGUUACCCGUUUCCUUGUCCCUUUUCCCUGUGUCUCCCCACCCUCUGUUCUUAUUCCUCCACCCUCGCACACCUUACCGCCUGCCGACCUUACCGCCUGCCCACCUUACCACCUCAAAUCCUUCCCUUCUCAUCCGCGCGCAGGUGUGGCGGAAGGUACACGUGCUGCCUUGUGCCUGCCGCUUGCUGUCCACGCCUUCCAUCCCACCUCUCCCGAACCACGUCUUUUUCUAUAUGUGCCUCCCCUGCUGGCCCAUACCCUCUGCUGA